AUGAUUAAAAUAGGACUUGGAAAGAAAAUCUCGGCCAUUCAAACCACCAUCUCUAAAACAUUCAAAUACACGUCGGCUGAAAAUAAAAGUAUUGAACUGAGAGAGUUUGGCUCUUUUGAUGUCAAGGGAGCUGUUUUGAUUGAAGGUUUCCCUUCUGGCCAAACAUCAAUCGCAACAGCUGCAGGAUAUAUUGUGGAGCAAUUGGAACUUCCAUUGAUCGGAGAUGUGAUCAGUGAUGCUUUUCCUCCUGUUUGUUUGAUCGAGAAUUACACACCACAGAGUGGAAUUAGAAUUUACGGAAACAAUAAGAUUGUUGUUUUCUCGAGUGAAUACGAGUUGAAAGAUCCCGGCCUUUCUCAUCAAAUGGUCAAUGCUGUUUUCGAAUUUGCAGAACGACAUGAAUGUAAGAGUGUUGUAAGCUUGGAGGCUAUUCCAAUGGAUGAAAAAAAGAAGAGAUUAAUAUCGGGAGAAGACGUCGAUGAUAUUGAAACUCCUAUUCAUCCACCAAGUCGUGAAGAGCUUUUAAAGUUAUUGACCUCAGUUGAAGAGCCUACAAAAGAAGAUGACAGUAUUUACUUUGUUACAAAUAAUCAGGAACUUGCUGAUACUCUUGUUAAAUUUGGACACUUCCCUAUCAAGGAAAAUAUUGUGUUGACUGGAAUUAGCGCAUUGGUGUUAUCUAGAGCUCCAUACACAUCCUUAACUGUUACUGGUCUUUUUGCUCCAGUCUCUCUAAGACAUGAAUUGUUGUCAACACGACCAAUUAUUACCAUUAUUCAUGCAAUUGACAAGUUGGUGGGUGAGGAAUUAUUUAUCAAAACCGAUAAGCUUGAAAAAACAGGAGCAGCAAUUAGGAACAAGUUGAACGAGGUUUUGGAAAAGCAAAGAGAAACCAAAGAACCAUACAACCCAAUGUUUUUGUAA